GACGUUAUCUCCCUUAUUGUUAGGUCAAGGUCAAUCUUGAUCAUGGCAGAAAAACCCACAGUGCAGGCAACUGAGGAAAAAGCUCCUUGGCCUAAUACAAAAGACGAUUACGAGCUAAAAGAUGUCAUUGGUGCUGGUGCUACUGCUGUUGUACAAGGAGCUAUUUGUAAACCUAGAAGUGAGAGAGUUGCUAUUAAAAGAAUCAACUUGGAAAAAUGUAACACAACGGUGGAAGAACUGCUGAAAGAAAUACAGGCUAUGAGCCAAUGUAAACAUGAGAAUGUUGUGGGAUACCACACAUCAUUUGUUGUUAAGGAGGAAUUAUGGGUGGUUAUGAAGCUCUGUAGUGGGGGUUCUAUGUUGGACAUUAUAAAAAGUAGAAUGAGGACAGGAAACUGGAAAAAUGGUGUUUUUGAUGAAAUCACCAUAGCAACUGUUCUUAAAGAAGUACUGAAAGGGUUAGAAUAUUUCCACAAUAAUGGACAGAUCCAUAGAGACAUCAAAGCAGGGAAUAUACUACUCGGUGAAGAUGGGGCAGUGUAUAUAGCUGACUUCGGAGUGAGUGCUUGGUUAGCGACAGGAAAGGAUCAGACAAGAGACUCAGUAAGACAUACAUUUGUUGGAACACCCUGUUGGAUGGCACCAGAAGUUAUGGAACAGGUGACUGGUUAUGACUUUAAAGCAGAUAUUUGGAGUUUUGGUAUUACUGCAAUAGAACUAGCCACAGGAACAGCUCCAUAUCAUAAAUUCCCUCCUAUGAAGGUGCUGAUGUUGACGUUACAGAAUGACCCCCCUGCUCUUGACACAGGAGCUGAUGAUAAAGAACAAUAUAAAGCUUAUAGUAAAGGCUUUCGCAAAAUGGUUUCUGAAUGUCUAAAAAAAGAACCAGAAAAAAGGCCAACAGCUAAGCAGUUAUUAAAGAAUGAAUUCUUCAAGAAAGCAAAGGAUAAAACCUACCUGGUAAAAACUUUAUUGUCAGAGGGAAACUCAGUUAAACCACAAAGGGUAAAAAGAGUUCCUGGAUCGAGUGGCAGAUUACAUAAGCUAGAGGAUGGAGAAUGGGAGUGGUCAGAUGAUGAAUAUGAAGAGGGGGAAGAAGGGGAUGAGGCCCCUAGGGUCAGUCCGUCUCCCAGAGUAUCCAUGUCAGAUAGGUCUUCUGAGGAAUCUGAUAAAAUGCAAACCAUACCAAAGCCAGAUAAUUUACCCACACCUACCCAAUCACAGGAAACCAUACAAUCAGACACAUCCUCGUCCACAACUGUCGGUACAUCAGUGGAAAGUGUUGUAGAAGCUAAAAAACCAGAAGAAGAAGUCCCCCCAGCUGCUUCCUCAGGUGCAUCAUUAAACCUAGUUUUACGGUUACGGAAUGAGAAGAGAGAAUUAAAUGAUAUAAAGUUUGAUUACACACCUGGUCAAGAUACUGCUGAUAGUGUUUCUAGAGAAAUGGUAGAGGCAGGUUUAGUAGAUGGCAAGGAUAUGAUUGUUGUUGCAGCUAAUUUACAGAAAAUAAUUGAUACUGGUUUAAAGACGAUAACAUUUGCUCUGAAUUCUGGCUGUGGUCCUAACGAAGCCCCGUGUGACAAGGCUCUGAUAGGAUUUGCCCAGCUUUCUGUAUUAGAGGCCUCCUAACAGGGAAUACAUGAUAGUAUUUUAUAAUCUGUGAUACUGUUCAGGACUAGAGAAUUCAGAUGGAUUGUUGACAUGUUAUUAUGUACUCACAAUGAUAUGUUACAUGGCUACUGUAAGUCACAGCAGACAAAAGACUUUGACAGGAUAUUUUUCUUUAAAAAACAUGCUAGUAAAAUUAGAUAUCUAAGAUUUUAUGUAAAGCACACAUUGUAUUCGAAAAAAAGGUGAAUAUUCUCUGGUCCUAGUGAGCAUUCUAGAACAAUCUUUAUAAUUUGUACUAUAUUUUGUACUGGUCUUUAUUGUUUUAUUUAAUGGGUUAUUUCUUUAAAGAAUUUGUUCAAGUACAACAUAUUUUCAUUAUACUACCCACCAAUGAUGAAUUGGUAUUAUGUGCCAGACUUGCUAGCAUUGCUUAAGCGCUAAUUUUUCAGAUACUUAGAAAGUAGAGAAAAGCAAGCAACUACAACUAUGAUUAAAUGGACUUCUUUUUUUAAUUGAAAUUCUGUUUUAUUUAUUUGCAUAAACAUAAAGAAUUUUGAUUUAAUAAAAGAGAAAAUAGGAAGAAAAUAGGCUUGUUCUCCAAAUACAAUUAAUUUAUUUAAUUCUCAUUAAAGUCUGCAGGUUUAGUGUGAACUGAUUUUUCAGCAAAUAGAAAUAGUUACAUUCCAGAUAAUAUAUGGCUAAAUAAAUAUUGUAUCAAUUUAUGGCUAAAACUUUUGUUUACUUUUUUAAUACAGAUAUAUUGCUCUAAUUUUAAGUCUAUUUCUAUUAACAAAGUUGAUUAUUCUUUUUUUUUUUGGUGUUCAUUUGAUUUCUGGUGUUCUUAGGUAUGAUUUAUUAUUGAUGUCUAAUUUUAUUUCUUUCUUCUAAAUGUUUCUAUUGGGAUGUCACAAAAAAGAGACUACUUCUAAUGACUUCACAUAAAAAGAAAUCAUUAUUUUGCUGACUGUUGGGGAAGAUAAAAAUUGUCUGUCAAAACUUGGAUUUUCCUAAGAGAGUGAAAAUGAUACAGGUUUAUUAUUUCUAAGGCAUUUUAUAGUAAUUAUAAACCUUGAUAUUUUGUUAUUCUAAUGUCAUGUGUUGAUUAUUCAUAACUUAUUGAUCUCAUUCUAGUAAUACACACAAUAUAUUUUCUGUUAUCAAAACAGAACUAUUUAACCCAUGAAGUUGCAUCAAAUUAAUCAAAAGAUUAAAAUAUUCAGCCAAUUGUAAAGGAAUUUUGAUAAAAGCAUAACUGCUGAAAGGCCUUUUUUUUUUAAAUAUUAGGGAAAAUGCAACAUUGAAAUAUAUCAAAAUUUUAAAAUUAACAGUGUUUUAUAAAAACAAAAUUUGUGAUUAAUUUUUACAUCUUACUUUUACUUUGUUUAUUGUGAAUAUGAAUCUUGCUAAUUAGUAUUUUAUUAUAUUUCCCAUUUCUUAAAAUAGAAUCUGACAUUUGAUGAUAAGAGUAGUAUAUUUUCAAAUAAAACCUGCUGUAUGGCAUAAAUAUUUUAUUGCAGUUGGCUGACCAUUUUCCAAAGUUUUUCAGUUUAAGGAAAUUAUUCCAAACUUCAACUUGAUAAAUAAAUAUACCCAUUGGUGAUGUUAAUUUGAAAUGUUAAAUAGGCAGUGAUACCAUACCCAUAUAAAACAUGUUUGAAUCCACAUCUCACAAAGAUGUUAUGGAGAAACCUUGCAUCAAAUUGUCUUGAGCUAUUUAAAGGAAAUCAUAAAUAAGUUUUCCUUCAGAUUUUGGUUUUGAUUGAUGCCGUUUCCAAGUUUUCAUUGAUUUAAAAAUAUUGUAAAGAAUACUCAAGUUAAUUGUUAAGCAGAGUCUGUUAUAACUUUGCAACAAGUACACAGCAAGUCAGAGUGAAAUCAGUAUUAAGGUACACAGGUUGUUUGGUGAAUUGAUAACCAUUUGUGAAGUGUUAUUUAUGAAUAAUAAAUCAAGAUUUUAUAAAAUUUAGAACUUUUCCUGUAGCCAGGGUAUUGGAUACAGUUUUGUUUUCUCGUAAAUUGCUCUAACGACAUGAAAGGCAUUUGUCUUCUGGAAAUGCUUAUAUUUUUAAUGCUUUGCCAAGCCUUAAAUGAAGUAUACAGAAGGUUUAAGAGCAAUUUAUCUUAUCUGGUGGUGUGUGAUCUUUGCAUAUGUGUGUCACAUAGCAGGACUGUUAAUUUUGCAUAAUAACUACCUCCAAAUAACAAUGUAUAAUGGAACCUUAGAUGCAUUUUUCUGAAACCAGAUUGAACAUAGGUUAUAAAUUAUAUCUGAUUCUGUGUGAAAUUGAUGCAUGCAUUUAUAUUUAUAUUAUUGAUGACAGACGAAGCUGAAAUAGAUGGACUUAACAAGGCCUCGAAGAAGAUGUAUUAUUAUUACUGUUUUCCCAAAUUUAAAAUCUAUGUUUUGUAUUUAAAGCAUUUGAAAUUUUACAUUAACACACAUAAUAUCUGCUCUUUAAAUUCUGUCUUAUGAUUUAGUAAUGUUUGAUUUUUUUUACGUUUUUUCAAAGACCUUCACAUAAACAAAGGAAAACAGGAACCAUUUUGGUUAUGUCAGGAGUUGUUUCCCCUACAUGGAGAGCCAAAGUUAAUGCUUUAAUCUUCAAAGCAAAGGACAUUAUAUAUUUAAGCUACAUUGUCUAAAUAUAGAAAUUAACGAUUCUAGCAAAUAACAUUGUAUGUUUUAAGCUACAUUGCUUAAUUCACAUUAUGAUUUAUUCCAGCAUAUUAUGUUAAUUAUUUAAACCACAUUGUCCAAUACAGUAAAGAUCUAUUCCAGCAAAUGACAUUGUAUAAACAACAUACUUAUUAAGAUAAUUAUUUGUUCCAUCAAAGUACGAUUUAUAUUAAAGCUACACUAUUUAAUUAAAGUAAUGAUCUAUUCCAGCAAAUGACAUUAUUUAUUUAAGCUACUUUGUCAAAUUGUUAUUGUUACAUUGUAUUUCAUAUAGAUAACAAUAAACUUAAAAAAUCA